AUGUCGCCUUUAACGUUGCAUGUGUGUCGCAUCAUGAGCUCUCCACUCCGAUCAAACAUGUCGGCAGCGAAUCGCGGACGAAACACACAAGGCGGGCGAAAGCGCGGCAGAGACGCAGAGGAUGAUGUGCCCUCAUCGUCCGCCGCGCCGCCCUCAAGUCCUCCGGCCUCAUCACCGCCCGUCUUUCCCGCAAACGACGAUGACAUCGAAGAGGACGACAAUCUGGACCCUGAGGAGGAUCUCAUCCACGACCUGGAAGACGCGGAUGAGAUGGCAGAAGACGAUGCCGGUAUCGAUCUCUUCGGCGACAACUUCGACCGCGAUUACGACAGACAAGAGCAAGAAGGCUACCAAGGUGCUGAUAUUGACGAUGAGGAGGACUACGACACACUGGAUCCCGCAGCCAGAAGAGCAUUGGAAGCGCGACUCAACCGCCGUGACAGAGAGAUAGCACGUCAACGACGAGCACCCGCUGCAUUCCUGCCAGACGAUGAGGAGGAUGUCAUGGACCUGACUCGACAACCACGAAGACGCCGACAUCGCUUUGAUGAAGAUCAGGACGAUAUUGACAUGCACGAGGAUAUCAUGAACGAAGAGAUCUCCGUUGAGGCGCUUGGAGAUGUCAAAGCCGCAAACUUGACCGACUGGGUGUCGCAGCCUGCGGUGCACCGAUCGAUUGCGCGAGAGUUCAAGUCCUUCUUGACCGAAUACACCGACUCAACAGGAACAUCUGUCUAUGGCGUACGGAUCCGCACACUUGGUGAGGUCAACGCGGAAUCGCUGGAAGUCGACUGGGCGCAUCUGGCGGAGUUCAAGCCGGUCUUGGGCUAUUUUCUUACAAAUGUGCCGUUCGAGAUCUUGCCAAUCUUCGAUGCCGUUGCCCUGGAAGUCGCUCUUUACCACUACCCGGACUACGAGCGCAUCCACUCGGAGCUUCACGUGCGAAUCGCCGGUCUGCCCAUCUCAUACACUCUCCGCCAGCUGCGUCAAAGCCACUUGAACUGCUUGCUUCGCGUAAGCGGUGUUGUGACAAGACGGACAGGCGUGUUCCCACAAUUGAAGUAUGUCAAGUUUGACUGCACAAAGUGUGGAGUCACUCUGGGGCCAUUCCCGCAAGACAGCAAUGCAGAGGUCAAGCUGUCUUUCUGCCAGAAUUGCCAAUCUCGAGGACCAUUCACUCUCAACAGCGAGAAGACUGUCUAUCGCAACUACCAGAAGCUCACUCUGCAGGAGUCACCGGGCACAGUUCCAGCAGGCCGCUUACCUCGCACUCGCGAAGUGAUUCUUCUGUGGGAUCUGAUCGACUCAGCGAAGCCCGGCGAGGAGGUCGAAAUCUCUGGCAUCUACCGUAACAACUACGAUGCGCAAUUGAAUAACAAGAACGGCUUCCCUGUCUUUGCUACGAUUCUGGAGGCGAACCACGUUGUGAAGUCGCACGAUCAGCUUGCUGGAUUCAGGCUCACAGAAGAAGAUGAGCGUCAGAUCCGCGCCCUUAGCAAGGAUCCAAAAAUUGUCGACAAGGUCAUCAGCUCUAUUGCUCCCUCGAUCUACGGCCACACCGACAUCAAGACAGCAGUUGCGCUAUCUCUUUUCGGUGGAGUUUCGAAGAUGGCGCAAGGCAAGCACUCCAUCCGUGGAGACAUCAACAUCUUGUUGCUUGGAGAUCCGGGAACUGCAAAGUCUCAAGUUCUCAAGUACAUCGAGAACACUGCUCAUCGUGCGGUCUUCGCCACUGGUCAGGGUGCAUCUGCCGUCGGUCUCACAGCCAGUGUCAGACGAGACCCGCUCACACAAGAGUGGACUCUUGAAGGUGGUGCGCUUGUGCUUGCCGACAAGGGUGUGUGCUUGAUCGAUGAGUUCGACAAGAUGAACGACCAGGACCGAACGAGUAUUCACGAGGCCAUGGAACAGCAGACCAUUUCCAUCUCCAAGGCUGGUAUCGUAACAACUCUUCAAGCCCGCUGCGCGGUCAUCGCUGCAGCCAACCCCAUCGGUGGUCGCUACAACGCAACAGUCCCAUUCAGCCAGAACGUCGAGCUCACAGAGCCCAUCUUGUCGCGUUUCGACAUCUUGGUCGUCGUUCGCGACACUGUUGACCCAGAAGAAGACGAGAGACUAGCCAACUUCGUCGUCAACAGCCACGGUCGUGCUCAUCCUGUCGCCAACUCUGCACUGGGUUCGCAGACCCAGACGACAGCAAUUGGCGAAGAGGACAUGGACGUUGACGGCGAUCACCCACCUCCGGCUGCAGGACCGAAGACUGAGAUUCCACAGGAGCUCCUGCGAAAGUACAUCCUCUACGCACGAGAGCACUGCCGGCCAAAGCUAUACCAGAUCGAUCAGGACAAGAUCGCUCGUCUCUUCGCUGACAUGAGACGCGAGUCUCUUGCGACCGGCGCCUACCCCAUCACUGUCCGCCACCUAGAGUCCAUCCUCCGAAUCAGCGAGUCCUUCGCCAAGAUGCGACUAAGCGAGUACUGUAGCUCGAUCGACAUUGACCGUGCUAUCGCAGUGACGAUUGACAGCUUUGUUGGCAGCCAGAAGGUGUCUUGCAAGAAGGCUCUCGCUCGAGCAUUUGCGAAGUAUACGCUCGGCCGACCGGGUGCUGCGAAUAACAGGAAUCGCGGUGGGAGGAGAGGUGAGGCGGUUAGUGCGAGUGCAUAG